GCCGCCUGGGGGUGACAGGCCCGAGUCAAGAAGCAAUAAGCGACGGCGGGAUAGUAGAGAGCAGGCCGGAAACGGGGCGAACGGUACUGCUAGGCAGGGGCAGAGCAACUGGGAGCUUGGGGUUGACGACAAGGGGAUCCCCAGGAGCGACUCUUUACUUCACACUGCUCACGAGCCCCUCCCCGUGAAAGUGGAGGGCGAUGUCCCUGGGGUUCUGCAGCCUGAGACUUCCCGCGAGGAGCGAGGCGUUGCUGAGGAUAAUUUCUCUUCCAACGGAUUGGGUUGGUGCAAAGGGACGGAGGGCGGGUCACAAUUACCCUUCGAGCCGGGAAUGGGCGAAGAUCCAAAAGCAGCGUUAGUCUUCACAAGAGACGGAAAGCUGCAGCAGAUUAGCACGCUUCUUUAGCCCUUGCGGCGCUCCGACCUUCAGCAACUUGCCUCUCACAUGAUGAAGGCUUCGAAGGGAGCAAGUGGACCGAGAAGUAGGAGCAGCAAGGUCCCCGACUGGUUCCCCGUCUUUGACGUUCCUUGCGGGAACGGCUGCAGUCCCGAGGAGUACCGAGCAGGGAAGUAUCGAGGCCGCAUGCAACAGCUGUCCAAGAGUGAGCUUCGUUCCGUGAUCGAAGCGCUCGUGUGCCGUCACCACGACGAAAUCCCGGAAGCCCUCGAGCGGUGCCUCACUCGGUGUUCCGAUGAGAGUUCGAGGCACGAAUCGAGUCUGCGCCGCUUCUGCACGGUGGCGGCAAACUUGGAGCCCGCUCUCAAGGACGCCCAGGGGCGGCAGCCGGACCCCAAGGGAAACCCCUCUGGCAGCCUGGAGAACGGGGACGAUGAGGCGUUUGCCCGGGCGUUCGGAUCCGAGGGGGCCGGAGCCGAGGGUGGUCGCUUAGACCAGAGGGGAGUGAAACGCAGGCGGUUGGGAGGGGACGAGCAAACGCUGUUCGAGCUGGCCGAUUCGCAGGGGCCCGGUGAGGCAGGGAUGAACAAGGACGAGGCUGGUGCGGGGGGGAAGGCCAAGGAGAGGCAGGGAACGUUGCCAUUCCCUCGUCAGCAGGGACAGGACCGAGCGGAAGGCGACCAAGCGGAACGACGGAAAGCAGCCCGCGAGUGUGCAGAAGGACCGACCGGUCGCCUCUGUUUGCGAAACGAGCUCAGUGGACGACCUCAAGGUGAUUCAAUGGUGGAUCAGCCCUGGUCGCCGUUCGACAUGGCGCGCGACCUGGUCCGCAACUGGAACCAAGAUCUGGAGAUUGAAGCUGAUUUUUUUCUGUGAAAAAAAUCAGAGGCAUUUAGGCAAUUGGCAACGGGCUCGAAGUUGGAGUUCCACAGAGGGCUUCGCUUCCCAGCUUAGCUGAGCCCUUGUAAUUAACGUUGUACUCUAGUAUGGCGAAGUUUAUAGAUAUCCCUUGCAAAACGUUCUCAGCAGAGAAAGUAAGCAUCUCUCAGUUUGUUGACUUAUUAUUGUGUACGAAGAACGUUAGGACGGGCAAUCUGGUGUUCAGGAGAUUCGCUUGGCUGUUUAUUUUAACAAAGUAAUUGGCUUAUCUCAAACCAUGUUCUGAAAGUUAGGGCAACUUCUGUACAGUUGGACAGCGUAGUUACAGUAAUUGGGUUUUGUAAAGAGCGACGUGGCUCAGAUUCUCGUAUGAUUGCUUCUGUCAUGGC